GGAAGCCAUGUUCACUCAACGUGUUUUGGGAAAUAUCUCGAAGUAUUUGUUGGCAUAAUUCCCGAAAUAUCCACUCACCAAAGAGAUACUCUCUUUCUAUAUAUAUAUAUAUGCUGAAUCAGAUUAUCCUCAUAUAGUUUUCUCUAAUGAGUUGUCAAUCAUGAAAGUAGGAAUUGUGGAGUCAUUUAUUCAUCAGUAUCCUGGUGGUUAUUAACUCUACAAAUUAUGACGUGGUUUCUUUUCAUUUUGGUUUUAUUUUUGAGUGGUUCUUGCCUGGCUUGUUACCAUAAUCGUGACUGUUCAUCAGGGAAAUAUUGUGAUGCUCUUGCUGGAUAUUGCCUGGACUGUAGCUGUUGUUGUCAAGACCAGAUAGACAGACAAGAAUUUGUUGACAAAUGUUCAGAGGAAAUGAAACCAUUUCAGUGGUGCUUUGAACCCAAACAAGGAUCUGAAUGCUCCUGUGAUUUUACAACCCCUGCAUUGCCAGUCAGCAAUAACAUAAGCACCACUCACAGCAGUAGUAAGACCAGUAGUAACACGAUCAGUACUCAGCAGCAGUCAACAGAUACUACCGGUACGUCUCUGAAUGCCACUGCCAAUGCCACAACAGUUCCCAUUCCAAUAGAACCUAUAGUACCUUCCGCAAAAUCUUCUGUACAAUGGCUGAAAUGGAUUGGGAUUGGUAUUCCUAUUAUUGCUAUUGUUAUCAUUGCAUGCAUAUGUUGCAACAAAUAUAAAUCCAGAAAUAAUCAAGGUUCAGAGUCUACAGAUGGCCAAAAUUCAGAAUAUAAAAUUCUGGUAGAACAGCUAUCAGAUUCAGGAAUCGAUGAUCAAAGUGUUCCAAGUUCUAGUAAUUCCCAGGAAUCUAUUCAAGUCCCUGCAGAUGUACAAACAGAAGAUGAAGUUACACAGCGAGCUACGCCUUACAGUGACGGUGAUGAGGAUGGUUCCCCAAACCAUCUUGAAGACAAACCAGCCGUCAGUGGCGAGACAGCUUGUGUUACAGCUUUGCCACCACCAAAUCAGCAACUGCCUACACAGUGUAACAUUCUUGGUGGGAUUAAUAAUCACAAAGAUAAUGAACUUGAAAUGAGCAGAAUGGAUGAUAAUAAACUAGUCUCUGAAAUCACUGAAAUGGAAGGAAACAUUGACCUCAUGGACGAGUUGGUGUUUGUGGAUGUUCCGUUGUGCGGUAAAAACGCUGUGGAUUAUCUUGUGCAGGAGUUUACUGAUAUCAAUCCAAAUAGAAUGAAAACUGUGAAACACCAUUCUGGUCUUAACGAUUCUGCCACAAAGAAAGUUUUUCAGAAUAUGAAAUCAAAAAAUCCUCAACUGAAAUGUAUGGAGAUUAUACGAUUUCUAAAUCAUCUUGAAAGAAAUGAAGUUGUUGAGGUAAUACAACAAUAUCACAAGGAAUGUCCAGCGUGUCAAGUCUAUUAUGAGAAAAUUGGGAACCUGAAGUGUAAGCUAACAGUCACUGAAAUGGAAGGAAACAUUGACCUCAUGGACGAGUUGGUGUCUUUAGAUGUUCCGUUGUGCGGUAAAAAUGCUGUGGAUUAUCUUGCGCAGGAGUUUACUGAUAUCAAUCCAAAUAAAAUGAAAGCUGUGAAACACUAUUCUGAUCUUAAUGAUUCUGCCACAAAGAAAGUUUUUCUGAAAAUGAAAUCAAAGAACCCUGCUUUGAAAUGUGUGGAGAUUAUACGAUUUCUUCAAAAUCGUCUUGGAAGAAAUGAAGAUAUUCUGGUAAUACAAAAAUAUCACAUGGAUUGUCCAGCAUGUCAGGUCUAUUAUAACAAUAUUGAGUGCUUAUCUUCCAUUCCUGCAUAA